GAUGGGGUCGUCGGUCGCGAAAUUGAGGUGUGUUAGCCUCUUACCACUAGUGUAUAAACGAAGACGAAAAAUGAUUGAAAUUUCCUGCGCCGCCGGCUCCCCACAUCCUCUUGUUUCUUUUUUCAUUUUUACGCACAAAGAGGAUGAAAUUGACAGGAGCGGUGUUUUUAGCUACGCCUGACAAGAAGAUUUUCUGAACAUUAGCAUGACUCGCAGAAUGGAGAGGAACAGAAAAGAUAACAAAUUGCGCUGAGGUUAAGAGGGCGACUUCGAAAAUCGAAUUUUGCGAGUGACGAAGUCGAUUCUUCGAGAGAGAGAGACGAGUGAAGAUUGGCCAAUUUCUGUUUCUGGACCUGACUUUUUUUGAUGAACAAGUCACGCCUUCAUCUAAAUAAGAUGACGAACUCUGUGGGGCGUGGGCAUCCUCCUAAACCUCUACAACAAAAACAUGAGGACUUGUUGAAUUAUACAACUUAGUACUUGUAGGUGGACAAAGUAGAAAACAAAAUCAGCAUCAGGAAUCGCAAAAAACAAAAGAUGUUGGCUCGAUUUGUGAAUGCCGGACGCCGCUUCGUGGCGAGCAAUAACGGCUUCAGGACGAGCCAUAGUUUUGAGCAGAAGAGAACCAUGGUCCUAGGAGGAGGAAAGCCAACAUCAUUUAGACAAGACUCUUUGCUCGUGGCAUGCACAAUCGCGGCAUUGACACAGUAAUGCUUUUUCAACACCUUUUAGUUGUCUCACAGGAUGUUGAUUUUCGUCUUUGUAACAAAGCAUAAUCUGCUGGUUCGAUCAUCAGCAGACACUGACCACACACAAACGUUCUUUCGCUGUUGUGCGUGUAGGUUCUUCUGAGAAUCUCCGAAACCAACUUCUAGUUCUAACUUCCACCCUUUGAUUCCAUGAUGUUCCCGUUGCCGAACUGUACAAAACUUUUUGCAAAUCAAAACAAAACAGUUACGUGCCACAAGAUCUUGUUUUCCUUUGGGGGCUUUUUUCCUACAAGCGCGCAGAGACUGGCCUUAUGGGCGGGAAGAAGAAGUGCAGCAACCCCGCUAAGGCCUUCGAGGAGUGGAAGGCUUCUCGUCCAACCUGUGCCAAAUCCGCCUCAAUGUACGGCAGCGGAAGCUGCUACUAUGCUACGAUUUAACAGUCGUGAAGGUGAGGACUCAAAAUGUGAGGAGCUGUCGUGGGGAAACCUGUGGAUUUUUUUGGAGAAGAACAAGAAGAUGAACGAGCAACUACGGGUAGUACGGUGUACUAUAAAAAGGGGUGCAGUCGUCCUGCUGUGGCAGGCUGCUCAAAGAACAACUCACAUAAGUUUACACAGAAUUUAAAUCGGCCUUUGCGUCAAUAUUUGCUGAUGAAGAUGUCGCUGAUAUAUCGCUAAAAAGGAUACUUCUGAUCCCAAUUAGUCCUGUUUAUUUUCCAUCUGAUUCAAGCGCAAGCAUCAAUCUGCAUCGCCCUAGUACGCCUCUGCGAAUGAAGCACGUGGCGCUGUCGUGUUUCGAAUAGGCAUCAGAAUUAU